CUAGGCAUGCAGAUUGCUUCUGCAAACAUUUGUGGGAGAAUGGGUCGCUCUCAGGAGCUCAGUGAAUUCAAGCGUGGUACUGUGAUAGGUUGCCACCUGUGCAAUAAGUCCAUCCGUGAAACUUUCCUUGCUACUAAAUAUUCCACGGUCAACUGUUAGUGGUAUAAUAACAAAGUGGAAGCAACUGGGAACAAGAGGCAUGAACACGCCACCACUGAACUCUAGAGCAGUGGAGAUGUGUUCUCUGGAGUGACGAAUCAUGUUUCUGUCUGGGAAUCCGAUGGAUGUAUCUUGGUUUGGCAGCUGCAAGAACAGUACUUGCCUGUCUGCAUUGUGCCGAGUGUAA